GAUCCAUCCGAGACUGUGUCUAGCUAGGAGUGAGUCGUCUAUAUCUUUCUCGAGACGACAGAUGACAAUGAGCUUCUGACGGAACUCGGCAUUGUAAUAGUGACUAGAUUGGUCCCCUGAAUGUGAGGCUGGACCUCGACAAGCCACUAUCCGGCACCGCCUGUACCCACGAAGCCAUCAGGCGCUACGCUAUUGAUAGUGGCGCAGUGAUAAAUGGAUCGGGGCUGAACCAAAACACAAUGCGGCAUCUCCCAUUCGACCCUCUUAACUGUAGCUGAGCCCAAUUGCGCGACUGUGCUUUUUAACUUUACUUCUCCAACACGACACUCUUUUUCUCUCAAUCAAGUCUGAAUACCUCCCGAAUUUAAGUUUCUCGUAACCUGCGGCCCGGCCCGAACGCGUUGUCUCGACUUUUGACUGUGGGCUACGUCACUAGCAAGAACCGUCCGAACUCUGCAGUGCGGCUCUCUAACCUUGUAUCGCGGCCUCAGCGACAAUGUUUGAGGACUUAGAGUGGAAUCCUGACCUGGUUCCACCACUGAAGCUGGGCCUUCACCUCGCCCAGAUCCUCUUUGCCUUCAUCAUCUUCUGCCUCGAGAUCUCCGUCUUCACAGACAAAGAUUCUGCCGUCGUCGGCAAAAAUGGCUGGACUUUUGGUGUGUGUUUCUUGUCCAUCCCAGCAUGGCUUUACCUCUCCAUGGCCCCGCGCUUCCCCAGGACGCGCAAGCUAGCCAACCCCCAUGUUAUGGCCUGCAUCGAUGGUCUCUACACCAUUUUGUGGCUGUCCGCUUUUUCAACCCAGGCAUCAUAUAAUACCGCCAACUUGUGCGGAAACGCUUGCGGGCAGAGCAAGGCCAUCGUGGGUUUGGGAUUCUUCGUUUUCCUGUUCUUCGCGGUCACAACAUUCAUUAGCAUAUACACGGUCAAAUACUUCAAAUGGAACGGCACACUGCCGGGCUACGAAAACAUCAAGCCCAGAGCCCAUAACAUCGACCCGGACAAGGCAGCUUUCUCCAUGGCACCACAUGACGAGGAGGCCUACGCUCCUGUCGGCAUGAACGACCAGGACAAUGAUCAUCGUGGCUCCUUGCACCCGGAUGAGCACGACUACGACUCUACAGUCGCUGGCGGAAGCCAUGUGGGGGCUUACAGUGACCAUGGGAGCUACGGACGCAGGGACGGCCGCGGAGCUCAGGAGAAUCCAUUCGGGCACGACAACCCUUUCGAGAGUGACACCGAGUACCAUUCCCACCAACAAGGUGGUGCACAUGUCUACGCUCCACCUUCAGUUCACGAUGACUAUGACGAUGAUCGGCCAGCCCACUUCCCGGCCGCCGACUACGACCGCGUUACCCGAUAGAAGCUCAUGAACAGGCUUAGGCUAUAGAAGACUGGACUUAGAAGACGGCAGAAACAAGCAUUUACGUGUUGGAUGUAACGGUUUGAGAGACCAGAACCAGUGUUUGAAUAAACGGGCGCUACACCUGGGGUCCUGGUGUUGUAGGCGUCAUGACGGGUAAUCAGAAAGAUACCAUGUAUAUAUAUCAAUCAUGAAUGGCAUUUCAAUUGGCU